GCCUGAACGCUAACGCGCCUCUGCGCCGCCGCUAAAAGGAGGCACGAAGAAGAAGCCUGUGUUGCUAACGAUGGCGGCUAACCCGGAGCUCCGGAUGGACCAGCUCCCCUCAGACCCGCUGCUCCACGUCCUGUCCUUCCUGAGCUUCAGAGACCUGAUCCAUUGUACUUAUGUCAGCAGGAGGCUGAAUGAUCUGUCUAAACACAACCCACUGUGGAGGUCUCUCUGCUCCAAACACUGGCUGCUGACGGAUGCCGACCGGCUGCAGAGCGGUGUGUCCUGGUUCGGUCUGUUCAAGCGGUACUACACAGACCUGGGCCGCUACAUGCAGUACUACCCAGUCCUGAAGAGGGCCUGGGACCAGCUGAAGGUCUUCCUGCAGCAGAGGUGUCCCCGCAUGAUUGCGUCGCUCAAAGAGGGUGCCACAGAGGUGGAGCUUAACGACAUCGAGGCCCAGAUCGGCUGCAGGCUUCCAGACGACUACCGCUGCUCGUACCGUAUCCACAACGGACAGAAGCUGGUGAUCCCGGGGCUGAUGGGCAGCAUGUCCCUGUCCAACCACUACCGGUCGGAGGUCCUGCUGGACGUGGAGACGGCGGCCGGAGGGUUCCAGCAGAGGAACGGCAUGCGGCGCUGCCUGCCGCUCACGUUCUGCUUCCACACCGGACUCAGCCAGUACAUGGCUCUGCAGCCCGCCGAGGGGCGCCGGAUGUACGAGAGCUUCUACCCCUGCCCCGAUCAGACGGCUCAGGACCCUUCAGCCAUCGACAUGUUCAUCACAGGUUCCUCUUUUUUUGAGUGGUUCACAGAGUACGUCCACAACGUCGUCACCGGAGAAUAUUCGAUCAUCAGAGACCAGAUCUUCAGGUAUGUGCAUGAGAAGGACUGUGUGGAGACAACGGGACACAUCACCGUCUCUGUUUCUACCUCCUUCCUGCCUGAACUGUCGUCCGUCCACCCGCCGCACUUCUUCUUCACCUACCGCAUCAGAAUAGAGAUGUCGAGCAGUGCGUCUCCAGAAGCCGCCUGUCAGCUCGACAGCCGCUACUGGAAGAUCACCACCUCUGAUGGCAAUGUGGAGGAAGUUCAGGGUCCCGGCGUGGUCGGAGAGUUUCCCGUCAUGACACCUGGAAAAGUCCACGAGUAUGCCAGCUGCACCACCUUCUCCACCCCGACGGAGUACAUGGAGGGUCACUACACCUUCCACAGUCUGGCGAACAAAGAGGAAGUGUUCCACGUGGCUAUUCCGCGCUUCCACAUGAUCUGUCCGCCCUUCAGGGAGCGGCUGGUCCGAACGCAGAAGGUGUCGGCAAGUUACGCGUCUCGCUUCGAUGACGACGACGGCGAGUACUGCGAUGGAGACGGCGGCGACGACUUUGGCGACCUGAGAGGAAUCAACAUGGCCGCCCUGGAGGGGGCGUGGUGCCCCCGGCACAUCUGAGACAGAGCUGUCCGUCAUCUGACAACAAAAGAGUGAUUGACAGACGCAGGGCAUUCUGGGAAGGUAACCAGAGCCGUUAGUUGGACGGAGUCGCGUGGACUUCCAGCUGCUUUCUAGAAACGUUUCCUCACGGUGGCGUAGGACGAGGCAAUGACGACUUCCUGUUUCAACCACGACGACAAAAGCCGAAUUGUGACUUCCUGUUUCUGUACAAAAACUCCUCGUGGAAAUCUUGAUAUUUCAGAGUUAAAGAUUUGCAUCGGAAAGUUCUUCAAAGCCAUUUUCCGCUGCAGUAACCAAAUGCAUCUGUGAUUUCCUACGUUAUUCAGUCUUUAAAUCUUUCAGUUAAAUCUUAUUUAAAACAAGAAAUGAAUCAUGAAUCCAUUUUUCAUUUAGUUUGGUGACUCAUGGAAACCAGUAUGAUGCUGGUUAGACUCCUUAUUCCUCCAGAGUGUGAUGAUCUAUUAGAAGGUGGGCUUUUAUUUUGAAAAGCGAAACGCGUUUCCUUUGCUGUGCUUCAUGUUGUCACGCUCUCAUGUGAUUGGUCGGUUUGUUUUGUAUUUUUUGGGCUAAAUAAAUAACUAAUAUUCAUCACUGCA